CGCUCGCUCGCCAGCUUGCUUGGCUGAUGCUCCGAUCUCCUCUCGGCCUCGGUCUCUCGAUCGAUCCAUCGAUCUCCCCGGCUUUGACGCUUUAUCUCCACGCGUAUUCUUUGGAUCCUGGGUCAAUUCGGUAUGCAAGAUUCGAAUUUUCUUCCGCCAAUGAUAAUCCCCCCGUUGCGGCCGCCACCUGAUCUUCUUACUCCUUAUCCGCAAUUUUUGCGAGAUUCGAAUUUUCUUUUCUUUGCCGCUCAAAAAGCAACGAGCUCCGAUCGCCGUCUUUCGCGUUGGUGUGCAGGGGUUUAAAUUCAUUGGACAUCAGCGGCUCGAUGGGGCAAGCCAUCGAGAUUCUGCGAUCCUGUUUUAAGAGAUCCGAGCUCUCCGCUGAUCGAGUGGCCUUCUGCUUGUCUGGUGAUUUCUGGAGCAAUGUAGUAUGGAACGGGUUGUUUUUCUUGGAGAUGUGUGCAUUUGUGGAUCCGUAGCAUAUAGUUUAAGAUGGAAAGCGGGGAUCUUUGAGUGCUUACAAUAGCUAAUCAGCUCAGUUUCGAGUGGCUUGUUGGUCUUUCUGGCUACUGUUAUCUUAUUAGCUGUUAUCGAAUAACCUGAAAGUCGUUUUCAUUUGUUUCCUCAGUUUCAAUACAAUUAUUACGUAGGUCUCCUUCAUUUCUGUUCAUUGUCGCUUUCAAAUUUCGAGUUAUCAUUUAGUUUAACUGUCUGCCUCCUCUUGAUUUCUUUGUGGAGUUUCAAGUUUCUAGGUUGAAACGGUCGCUCGUAGUAGAGACUAGUGUUCAUUUGGGGAUCCGUAGCAUCUAGUUUAAGAUGGAAAGUAGGGACCUUUGAGUGCUUAGUGCUUACAGUAUCUAAGCUGCUCAGUUUCGAGUGGCUUGUUGAUGUUUCUGUGUUUCUUGCAACUGUUAUCUUAUUAGCUGUUAUGGAAUAAUCUGAAAGUAAUUUUUUUAGUUUCAAUACAAUUAUUACGUAGGUCUCCUUCAUUUCUGUUCAUUGUCGCUUUCAAAUUUUGAGUUAUCGUUUAGUUUAACUGUCUGCAUCCUCUUGAUUUCUUCAUGGAGUUUCAAUUUUCUAGGUUGAAACAGUUUCGUGUAGUAGAGACUAGUUGUGAAACUCUCAGGUUAGUCUUUCAUUUCAAUUCUUGGAUCUAUUAGAUUUAUGUCGAGUUUUGACUGAAGAAAUACCAAGUAAACUAUAGCUUAGUAUUAUAUGUUCAGUAUUAUAUAAAUUAGGUUAAUUCUUUUGUGGUUUUCACCAGAUUCUCACUUUUGGGAAUCAUCAAUAUCAAUGAUUUAUCAUCAGACACUUCAAUUAAGUUAUUCAUUUUAUAUUAUUGGAUACUAAGGGCUGUGCUGGAUCCAGGUUCUUGAAAAUGAAUCUUUUGCAAACUAAGAGUGAAAAGGAACCGAUUGCAGAGGACAAUAUAUUUUCGCAUUCAAUUGAUGAAGGUAGCAGAGAAAAAUCAAUAGGUAAAGAUGGUCAGGUAUUGAAGAAGGGACCUUGGACGUCUGCAGAGGAUGCGAUUUUGGUCGAAUAUGUUAAAAAGCAUGGGGAGGGAAACUGGAAUGCUGUUCAGAAGAACUCAGGAUUGUUUCGAUGUGGUAAAAGUUGUCGGCUGCGGUGGGCUAAUCAUCUCAAACCAAAUCUAAAGAAAGGUGCCUUUUCGAUGGAAGAGGAGGAAAUGAUCGUUCAACUUCAUGCUAAAAUAGGCAACAAAUGGGCUAAGAUAGCCACAUUUUUACCUGGUCGCACUGAUAAUGAGAUAAAGAACUAUUGGAAUACACGAAUAAAGCGACACCAGCGUGCCGGUUUACCUCUUUACCCUCAUAAUAUUUGCCUUCAGGCUUCAGAUGAAAAUCAGCAAACUCAGAUUGUCAGCUGUGUUGCCCAACAACACAGUGGGAUCUUGCAGGGGAACAGUUUUGAUAUUCCUGGUACUGGAUUUGAGAACUUGAACAAUGGUCAUGCGGAUUUGUCUUAUGCUUCCUCAUUUCCAGUUCUCUCUGUGAGUAGCAUGAUAUGUCAUGAAUAUGAAUCCCCAGAUUAUGGGUACAUGGAUAAUGUGAAUCAUGUCAAACAGGUAGAUGCUGGCUGUGAUGCUACCUUCUACAGUGGGCCUCCCUCAGCAUCUCAAUUUCUAAUGGAGCCUCCUGGACAGCUGACUUUUCGCUUACAUUAUCCCUAUGAUCCUGAUCCCAACUUCAAGGACCUGGCAACUUUUGGAGGUGAAAUUCCUGGCCGCCAUGCCUUUCCAAUUGACAAAUUCUCUGCUUCAAGGCCCCUUUCUGGAGCUGUGAAGUUGGAGCUCCCUUCACUCCAAUGUACAGAAACUGACGAUAGUAGCUGGACCGUGUGCCAUUCCACACCAACUCUUGAGGUGGUUAAUACAUAUGUUGAAUCUUCUCCAACAACUGUCUCAUUGCAACCUGAAGCUAUUUCACCACGGAGCAGCGGUUUACUGGAUGCAUUGCUUCAUGAGGCACAGGUACUAAGCGGCUCAAAGAGAUAUUCAUCACUGAAGUGUUCAAGUUCUGUUAUCAAACACAAUGAGAUGGUGGAAUGUUCAGACCUUAAUAUUUCUGAGACCGAGUGGGAAGACUACAAUGGCCCAACUUAUCCCUUGGGUCAUUCUGCUGCUUCUGUUUUAAAGGAAUGCACACCUCCUGUUUGUGGCAGUUUAUCUCAUGGAUUUCCACCAUUCAAGGAUAUUCCUGUUUUUUCAGGCUCACAAAAUACUUUUGCUGUUGCUGAACAUCUUUCAACCCCCAAUAUGGAGGAGAAAAACAUGUCGUCUCAUCCGGAUUUCUACAGGCCUGAUGCUUUACUGGGAUCUGAUUGGCUUGAAGAAGGUUCUCAAGUUGCAAAAGAUCAUUCUGUCUUGAGUGAUGCAGUAACAACAACACUCCUGGGUCAUGAUUUUUGCAAAGAGCACAAGAUAGUGCCCGCUGGAACAUCAUCUGAUCUUGUUCGAGGAACCAAGCUUGAAUCUCAUUCACGGGGUAAGAUCCCCGAUGUAUCUCAAAUGCCUGAGCUUCCUUAACCUCAAUCGUACAGAUGGCAAACUUUCUUGAGAAAUGUUCAAGGAGGACCUCAGCUUGAUUUUUAUGACUGUUAAUGCUUCUUUCAGAUUAAUCAUGGUAUGUUGUGCUUUCUGGAACUGAUCCAUAACAAGUUAGGGAUUUUAGUAUGGUGAACUGUUGCCCGCUAAUCGUCUUUUGUUAUCGUAUAAUAAGCAUACUAGUGUUCAGUAUGGAUAAUCCGAGACAUUUCUCUCGAGGACCGAUAGGCCAUUCGACUUCAAUGUCACAUGUUUAACUUAGAAUUCUUGUCUCUAAAGUCAUGCCUUUUCUUAUACUAUAAUUCUUUCUUUUUCAUAUCAUAUUGUCUUGUUUUCUUAGACAUGGCCAAAUUGGUGGAGAUAUACACUGACCAUUUCCAAACAAUUAUUAAG